AAAUACCCCCUUGUCCUUUCUUCUCCUCCUCCUCCUCCUCCUCCUCUUUACUCUUCAAAGUCUCCGCCACACACUUCUCUCCAUUGAAACUCCUCACAUCUUUCACAUAAACACCUACAAUGGCCACUUCAUUCUCUACCUUGACACCUUUUCUUUUCAUCCUCCUUCUCUCCGUCUCCUCCGUUCUCGAAGCAGCUCAUCACCACACGGCGGCUCCAGCUCCGGCUGUAGACUGUUCGAUGCUCAUACUCAACAUGGCUGAUUGUUUGUCCUUUGUUUCCGCUGGAGGCACGGAGGCUAAGCCGGCUAGUUCUUGUUGUAACGGGCUUAAGACGGUGCUUAAGACCGACGCAGAGUGUCUAUGUGAGGGGUUUAAAAGUAGUGCUUCUCUAGGCGUUACUUUGAACAUGACUAAAGCAGCAACACUCCCCGCUGCAUGCAAGCUUCACGCUCCUUCUAUGGCUGCUUGUGGAUUGUCCGCCGCUCCUACUAUGGCACCAGGUCUUGCUCCAGGAGGAGCUGCUGUAGCUGCUGGACCCGACUUAAGUUUUCUAGCUCCAAACCCAUCUCCAGGGAACCACGGAUCUUCCUUGCUUCCCAUCUCCUUCACCACCGCACUCAGUGCUAUGUUCUUAGUAUUGUUCUUGUCUCGUGUCUAAGAAAGCCUUAUUCACCAGCCCGAUUUGGUUGUGUGAAAUGGCUUUGGGUUUGGGUUUUCAUGACUUUAGUUUUGCGUGUCUUUUGAGUAUUUUGUUUCAGACCAUGUCGGGUUUAUGUUCGUAGUUUUACUCUUUAAUUAUGUUUCACAUUGGUCUUAUAUUGAUGGUUACUUGUUAAAUUUUUAGUUUUCCUAAAACAAUUUCUUUGGUUAAAUUUGCUUAUAUAUUAUAAUUGGUUUGUAGCAUUGUGCACCAUGUUCAAAUAAUUCAAUAAGCAUAAAUGGAAACAUUAAUCUUUCA